AUGGAUUACCACAACAUAUUGAAUAUUGCCAAGCAAAAUGCCGAAAGUGCAAAGACAUCGAAAGGGGGACGCUCACAGACAACCAGUGCAACCCCCACGACAAAGGUUACCCCAGAGAAGAAAGUCUUGUCGGAGAACAUUAAAAAGUUUCUCGCCAAAAAGGAUGAAGAGGAACGGCUGGCGGCGGCGGAAAAGCACCUAAAGGCACAGGAGCUGAUGGCCAAGCGCGGUGGCAAAGGUAAGAAAAAGAUCGAAAAGAUGCUGAAGGUGAUCAAGUCGGCGAAUAAGUCGGUGCUGGACGAUGCGAACGAUGCGCAGGAAUGUGCGCUCGGCACCGAGAGUCUCGAGGAUGAUUACGGUUACACGUCCGCGGUCGCUUCACAGUAUUACGAGAAGAUGAUGGAUAAGUACAAGAACAUACCAGCCGAGUCGAUGUUUUCCGAGGCGAAAAAGCGUUGCAUGUCCAGCGAGGAACUGGCACGGGCAAAGGCGCGCGUGAAGAACGCGAUCGUAAAGGAACAGGAAGAGCAACAUGCACCACGUAGCAGAAAGUCACGCGUUUCCAAGGCGGAUGGUGGUGACGAUCGGAUCAGCACCGGUGCGGUUGGUGCGAUGACGGAAACAAAGCCACCGACGAAACGGGACGAUCCGAAGCAAACGAAGACCGGUCCGAACGAGGAACGUCGCGUAGUGCGCAAACCGAACGUACCACCGCCGCCCAACUUCUCCACUUUGCUUAAAAUCGCUGAAACGAAGCAGUUCGAACCGAUAAAAGUUGAGGUGGGUGCCGCAAAGAAGCGCCAAGAUGAUCGGCCACUGACGAGCAAAGAAAGGAAGGAGUACGAGGAACGGAAAGCAUUCAUGGAAAUGAAGCGACUGCGGGACAAGAUAAAGCAAAACGAAAGUUUGUCCGAGGAGGAGAAGCAGCGACGUUUGGCGCGUUUGGAUGUGCUACGUGCGGCCGGCAAGCUGCCGGGGAUUCCACCCCUGCCGGCUACUUCCGUGUCUGCAAAGAAACCCCCAACCACCGUUUCAUCGGCAGGAUCGACAAGUAACUCUCGCACCGUGUUCAAAAUCCCCAAGCGUACUGAUGCGGACCCACCCAAAAACGUGUCGAACGCUGAAAAACAGGUUGUAGCAAAGACAGCGCCAUUACCAACACCAGAGCCAAAAGUGAAACCCUCUGCUGGUGCUACGAAACCCACCGGAAGCGGUAUCCAAAAGACUACCUCUACACCAGCGAUGGUAUCAUCGACCACCGCAGUGCGAACCUCCACCAAGCAGCCAACACAAACAUCCGGUACGACGAGCAUGCCUCAAAAAUCGUCUGUACCAUCCUCCACACCGCUAAAUGGUAAAACGGUCUCGCCUGCAGUUCAAAAAUCAUCAGUAACUAAUGGGAAAUUGGGCCCCGCGGCCGGUCGACCUACGGGUGGAACUAUUUCAACGAAGCCAUCAUCCAACGGUAAGCAACUACCGGCUGUGAACCAGCGAUCUACUGCACCGACCAAACGUCCACCACCCGAACUGGUAACGCAAACGCGCCAAUUCCCACCACCGGAUGUGCAGCGAUCGAUCAAGCGACGAGACUCAGGGAUGCCACAGACUGGUGGGCGACCGACGCACAAGAAGCGGCGCAUUAUCGACAGCGACAGUGAGUACGAUAGCGAGAUGGACGAUUUUAUCGACGAUGAUGAUUGUGAGGAGGACUAUUCGUCUGCGAUAAAGGACAUCUUCGGGUAUGAUAAAUCACGGUACAGGGAUGACUGCUAUGAUGAUGAUGACGAUAAUAUGGAGUCAUCGUACGCGCAACAGAUGCGUGAAGAGUAUAUUAGUAAGAAGAUAGGGCUGCUUGAGGAUUUGGAGGAUAUGCGCAUGGAAGAGGAGGAGAAGCGACGCAAACUAGGGAAAAAGAAAGGUUCUGCACCGAAGAAGAAGUAG